CUACUAAAAUGAUCAUUAAUUACGAAUAUCUAUUUUUCCAAUAAAGCCUUACAAUUAAUUUACUAGAGAUGGCUGAGAUAAACAGGAAAACACAAUGCCGAUGGUUCCUAAAAGACUGAUACUCUCCUUCUCUCUCACUUUGAUCGUCGUUACUCAUGCCAUUGCUCAACCACCCUUCCGCAUCCACUCCUGUUUGAACGACAAAGGCAAUUACACCGCUAACAGUACCUACCACACCAACCUCAACACCCUCCUCUCCUCCGUUUUUUCCAACGGAUCAGAUAUCGACGGCUAUGGUGCUUUUCAAAGUUCCUCACAUGGCAGAAACCCCGACAAAGCUUACGCCAUUGGCCUCUGCAGAGGACAUGCGGAGCCCGAUGUUUGCCGGAGUUGCCUUACUAACUCCACAAAUCUUCUCACAAAGCUCUGUCCGAAUCAGAAAGAGGCAAUUGUGUGGUACGACCAAUGCAUGCUACGCUACUCUAAUCGCUCCAUAUAUGGCAUCAAGGAAACUAAUCCUGCUUUCAUUAUCUGGAUCACGCAAAAUGCCUCAUCUGACGUCGAUGCGUUCCAACGAAAUGUGCAGAGUCUGAGCAGCCGAGCAGUGGCUGGUGGCUCUUUUCGCAAGUUUGCCGCAGGAAGCAGGAAUGCUGCAAAUAACUUUCAAACCAUUUAUGGUAUUGCUCAGUGCACACCAGAUUUAUCAGAUGUGGACUGCAAUGACUGCUUGAUUACUGGUGUUAACGGUCCUACUCAAUAUUGUAAAGGGGUCAAGGGCUGCUACGUUCUUUAUGCCAAGCUGCAGAGAAAGAAAAGUCAAACAUAUCGAAUUGUGAUCUCUGUAGUUGUUCCAAUCCUCAUUUUGAUAGCGAUAAUGUUCUUCAUCUACAUUUGUUUAUGCGUGAGGAAGGCAAAAGAAAGUGUUAGAUGUAAAGAUAUUGAUGAUGAGAAAGCAGAAUCUUUGCAGUUUCAGUUCUGCGCCAUUAAAGCUGCAACGAGUGACUUUUCUGAGGCAAACAAGCUGGGACAGGGUGGAUUUGCUGCUGUUUACAGGGGUAAGCUUUUAAAUGGACGAGAUAUAGCAGUAAAAAGGCUGUGUAAGAAAUCUGGACAAGGAGAUAUAGAAUUUAAGAAUGAAAUCCUAUUAGUUGCCAGGCUUCAGCACCGGAAUUUAGUCAGCCUCCUAGGUUUCUGCUUGGAACAAAGUGAAAGGCUACUUAUCUAUGAGUUUGUGCCUAUUUCAAGUUUGGAUCAUCACGUAUUUGUUCCAAUCAAGUGUGCAUCUUUAGAUUGGAAUGUACGCUACAAAAUCAUAGUAAGCAUUGCUCGAGGUCUCUUUUACCUUCAUGAAGACUCCUGCCUUAAAGUCAUCCAUCAUGACCUAAAAGCGAGUAACAUUUUGUUAGAUGCAGAAAUGAAUCCAAAAAUUGCAGAUUUUGGGAUGGCAAAGUUGUUUGCAGUUGAUCAGACUCAAAGUGAUACUAUGAGAAUCGUGGGAACCUAUGGAUAUAUGGCUCCAGAAUAUAUCAAGCGAGGGCACCAUACAGUCAAGUCAGAUGUAUUUAGUUUUGGUGUUCUAGUACUGGAGAUUGUGAGUGGACAAAGUAUUAAAACUUUCUCCAUAGAGGAGAAAGCAGAGAGCCUUCUAAACUAUGCAUGGAAAAAAUGGAAGGACGGCUUGGCUACAAAUCUAGUGGAUCCCAAAAUGAAUGUUGUAUGUUCAAAAGCAGAAAUAAUGCAAUGCAUCCAUAUUGGAUUAUUAUGUGUGCAAGAAAAUUUACUUGAUAGACAAACCAUGCGUUCAGUUGCUCUAAGUCUAAGUAGUUGCUCUACUAGUCUUCAAGUACCCUCAAAACCAGCAUAUUUUAUGGAUAGUAGCACCAACUUGCCUAAUAUAAGGAGACACAAAUCAAGGAAGAGAUUGUCAAAUCGACACCAAAACAACAUAGUACAAACAUCAGAAAAUCAAGCUUCAUUAAUAACUAAAGUACAUCCUCAUUGA